AUGGCCUUCCGGUCCCUCGUGGUUAUCCCCGGCUCGCACCGGGAUGGCACCUUCGAGAGGCUCAGCAGCGGGGGCACUGCCAAGACUGCGGUGCGAAACCCUUCGCUCGUCAGCCGGGCAGUGCAGCUUGACCCACGCCCUCGCCAAGGCCAUGCCCACCAGUCUGCGCUGUUAGCAUGGGAUUCCCGCGUCGUCCACCAGGGACACACAUACUCUCCGCAUGCCACUGGAUGGAACCCUCCUCUGAUGGUGCCCGAGUUCUUCAGCACCAAAGAGAAGAGCUGGAAAUCCUCGCUGGCUGAGGAAGGAUAUGUUGUGUUGACUGACGUGUUGGCAGCUGACGCCGUAUCUGAAGCUUUGCAGCUGCUUCUUCGGGACUUGCAGAUGCUUUCGCCAGGUCUGCGAAACUUAGACGAAGUCCGGGAGCACCAUCUGCCGCGAUCUGCUGCUGCCAACGACCUGCGCGCCAGCGCUGGGCUUUGCCACGGCAACUUCGCCUGGUUUCUGCGCUGCCGGCCAGAGGUCACUCGGCUCUUCGAAGCCUUGUUCGACCUACCCGAAGGUGCGCCCCUGAUCGGCUCCGUCGACGUCGUGGCGCUGGCUCCUCCCGGCAGCAGCAAAGCGGCGGGAAAGCAGUGGCUCCAUCUGGACUAUACGCCCCCUCAGGGCACCAUUUGGCAGGCCUGCUUGCAGCUUUUCCCACGCACACAGAAGUCUGGCUCGAGGUGGGAGCGCAUUGCGUUGAUGAUUUGCAAGGCGCCAGCAGCUUGGGCAGCUCCCAGCGUGCCACGCAUGCUGCUGGCUGCUUGUGUGACCGGCUCGGCUUCUCGGGCGACCGCUGGCGUCACGCUCGGCAAGCUGCACCGGGAGGCCCUUCUCCAGCCGUCUCCCAUUUGUUCGAAGCCUCUACGACUCUACGGUUGGCCAGGUCAGGGACUGACCCGAGGAGUUCUUCGAUGCAUUCGUGCAGAUACAUGUAAUUGUAUAUUUAUUACCUCUAGCGAAACAUAUGUAUACAUAUAUAUAUAUAUAUACAUACGUGUAUAA